CGGCCCGUUUGUCUUUUGACUCUUCCCCUCACGCUACUUCUCUCGCGCAUCGUUGGCCCCCGCCGUCGACGCUCUUCCAUCUCCGCAAUCCACUCCGCGCCGCCGUUCCUCCGUGCUCCUCAUCGAUUUGGUGGCUCUUCUCCCUUCGUUUGGCCAGUUUGGUGGCUCUUCUCUGCUUGAUCGCAACCGCAGCCCGCAUCUUCCUCCAUGGCGGCGGCGGCGGCGGCGCCGGAGCCCGAGCCCGAGCCCGCUGCAGCAUCAGCGGCAGCGGCGGCGGCGACGCUGAGUAUUUACAAGGCCGCGCGGCGCAUCAAGCGGCGGGACAGCACGCUGUACAACGCGCUGCGGAGCGUGGCGGAGGACGCGGCCUUCGUGGCGGAGGUCGCGGCGCUGUGGCCGGCGCUGCCGCUGGUGGCCAACCUCCGCUGCGGCCUCUGGUACGCGCCGCCCCGCGCCUUCGCUGCCACCUGCUACUUCAAGUCCACCGACGGCCACGCCGGCAACUGGUCCUUCUCCACAUCCCGCCUCAACCUCCACCUCGCACUCCUCGCCGGGGAGAGAGGUGGGUGCAUAAUAGUUGAUUCAACAAGGAGAGGGAAGCGAUUCCCUGAUAGUAUGUCGAAGACCAUACCCAUUUGGUGUUGUGUCUUGAACCGAGCUAUUGAGAGGCAACGGCAGCAGGCUAUCAACAAUGGCAGCACAGUGAAUUCUGAAGUGGUUGGUUCACCUGCUAUGUGGAAUGGGGAUACUGAAAAAAACUCCGGGUCAUCUAAUUGGGAUAGCUCAGUGCAUCUUCCUGUAUGGGUUCUAGAUACCGAGAAAAAUGCUAUAGAGGGACAUGUCGAGGAAUGGACAGACCAAUUUGAAUCAUGUGGUGCAGACAUUAAUUCUCUUGCAUUACGUUUGCAAAAGCCAUUACGUCCACUAUGGAUAUCACAAAGGACACGCAUAUGGUUAAAUGAAGUGCCAGAGCAUGAGUCAUGGGAUUUCACUCCUAUUAUAUUAAUUUCGGCAUCUGCAUCUAAUGCAGUAGCUACACAAAGGAUGUCUUCAGAAUUCAGCUGGCACUAUAUUCCCGGAGCAGGGGAUGAUGAAGAGAGUUGGGCACGUGGUCUAACUCCUACCUUAUUCUGGAAACAUUCAUACGACCUUCUUGACGCUGGACCAGAUCUUUGUAAUCAUUUAGUUGUUGACAUCGUUGAAAAAGAUAGGGUUCAUCGUGCACAGAGAGGUGAACAUUCUCCUCAAAUUACAGUUAAGCCUCUGAAGAGCCAUGAUGGCCCCAAGUACAAUGAUGAUCAUAUAACCUACGUAUGGCCUAUGAACUCGGACCCUUGUACCAGUACAACAGAUGCACAAUAUUCUAAUAAUGGCCGUCUACUUUUCUGGAUUGGAACAUCAAACCUUGCAGUAUCAUCUACUCUCCAAGUUGCAGACACCUUAGUAGGUGUGGACUGCAUACUGAACUGUGACAGCACGUCAAAGUUACCUUCUAAUUCAUCAGAAAAUUCUUACCUCGAGCUACCUAUUGUGGGCUCAAAGGAGGAUCGAUUUUCAUUGAUGAAAAACCUUCCAAAAGCAGUUGACUUUGCAAAGAGGAACUUGAUUGCUGGGAGAAAAAUACUAGUAUGCUGCCAAAAUGGAGAAGAUAUAAGCAUUUGUGUGGCAUUGGCAAUAGUGACACUGUUAUUCGAUGACAGCGGGUGCUUUGACUACGGCAGUUCUUUUGUGAAAAGAGACAUCACAAAGUUGGAGAUGAGGAAGAGGCUAGUAUUCAUUUGCAAAUUUGCUGUAAAUGCACGGCCAUCUAGAGGAAACUUGAAACAAGUCUAUGGUUUUCUCAGCAAUGAAAAGGAGCGGUUGUUAUGUUUAACAUAGCUUGGCCUUGUUGCCGCAUGAUGCUGUUUCCAUCCCUUGCAAGAUGCAUCUGAUGAGGAGUUCUGAUCCCUUUGCUCAAUCACAGGCUACAGAACAAAUGCUUAAGGGCUUGUCUAGGAGAUGAGACUUACGACCACAUCAAUCAUCAUGCAGACUCUGGUGUCAAUCUCUAUCAUUGUUUAGUGUUGAAUCAGAGAUGCUUUCAUUUGACCAAGAACCGAGGAGGAUUUCACACGAUUUCAUCGAUAACUUAAUGUGCUUCCGUGAAAAGAACAAAUUUACCUUGCUCUUGUUACCCAGGGUGUGUUGCGCACUCUGCAAGACGAUGAACUUCGCGUUUCAGAACAAGCUGGUAACUUCUCCUGUGGCAAUUGCUUUGCGUGAGCAAGUGCCUGCGACAAGUCAACCGAUGCUGAUAAAUGAUCUUGAAUGUUACAAGUGUUCAAACAAUAUUUUGGCUGCUUAGUUUCAGUUCAGUUGACUUUGUUUUAUGGGUGUGAUGAACCUCGUACUUAUCAUGUAAAAUUAGCAUCCCCAGUUGACAUUUUGCUUUGAAUAAUAAUAAAACAGGGCUGAAGUGA